AUGGCACCAGGAGGACCAGCAGCCGGACGUGGCAGAGGUGGAAAGUUUAAGAAGUUCACUCGUGGAGGUGGUAAGCACUUCUCUCGUGAUCUCCGACCUCUCGAUGCCGACGGAAACGAAAUCCGCGAAAAGAAUGCCAAUGAUUCAUCCUCAGAAGAAGAAGAUUCCUCCUCUGAGGAAUCCUCUGAGGACGAGGAAGAGGAGAAAGCAGAAAUGACCCGUGAACAACGUCGCGCAGCUGCCAAGGCCAAGAAAGAUGCUGCAAUCAAAAAGAAGAACCAAAAGGUCGCACAAGUUGGAGAUCUCCCAACUGAUAGCGAAGAGGAGAGUGAGGAUGAUGACAUGCCCGCCAAUCCUAACCAUAGCAAGGCUGCCAGAAACCAAGCAAAGGCCCCACCAAUGACUGUAGAUGAAGUCGCAGGAGAUGUUGCAAAGAUGAGCGUCAGCAAGAAGCCUCAAGAAUUGACUCGCAAGGAGAGAGAGGCAAUGGAGGCACAAAAGAGGAAAGAAGCAUAUCAGAGGUUACAUCUUGCCGGAAAGACUGAUGAGGCUCAAUCUGAUCUUGCAAGAUUGGCAAAGGUCAGAGAAGACAGGCGUGUAGCAGCAGAACGCAAGGCUGCUGAAGAAGAAGAGCGCAAGGAACAUGACGACGCAAAGUCAGAGCAAAUGGCGCGGGAACAGAGACGAAGAGAAGCCGCUAUGGGACCUGCAGCUAGAGGAAAGAAGGGAAAGAAAUGA